AUGUCUUCAAGUGAUGACAGUGAUGCAAUAAACAAAUUUGAGAUCUACGAAACUAGUAAAGUACAACUGGAUCCCGAAACAGAAGAAAUGUUUUCAUCAAUGGAAAAAUUUGAAGUUAAUAAUCAUCCUUAUUAUGUAGAAGAUAAAAUUUCAGAAGAGUAUUUGUAUGCAAUGUACAAUGUGAUUGACAAAUUUAAAAGAAAGUUUAUUUUAAGAAUAAUUCGACAUACUCCAAUUACAGAAUACAUAAAUUGCAUAGCAUUACUUAAAGGAAAGUCAUGUAUUGCAUCGGUAUACGAAUAUCAACCACAGAAUAAGAACAUUUUCGUUGUUUUUGAAACUGGAAAACCCGUUGACCCAAUGGAGAUUCCCAAGAACCUGAUAAAGAGACGUGUUAGACAGAUACUUACAGCAAUAAGCUCGCUAAAUAGCGCACAGCUUCAUUUUGCCCAGAUAGAGAUCGAUGAUUUCAUAGAUACGAAUGGAGGCUUCCGCUUUAUUAAUAUCGAAAACGCAAUUAUAGGUAAAAAGAAUGCUUCUGAAAAGACUUUUGAUCCAGCUGUGAAAAUUAUAAAUGCUUUAGUUGAACCUAGACGAAUUACACUAGAUCCAAAGCUUUAUCGCGAGAUACAUCAAAUGGGAGAGAAAGCAUCGAUGACAGAAAUAUCAAAACUCGAAAAUUUACUAAGAACAGAUUUAUUCCAAGAUUCAGUACGAGUUAACUUUGUUUCACGUCAAAAUUCAAGAUCAGCUACUCCAGAUCCACAUACUCACAUCAUUAAAAAGCAGCAAUCUCAAACAAUAAAGCCGAAAGCAAAAUUACAAAGACCAUUACAUGAAGAACCUGCAAUUAUGUUGAUUAAUCCGGGUCAGUUACCAUCAUACUCUCAAUUGAUCUUCUGUUGCAUUGGAGCUUUUAUUUGUUUGUUUAUUACACUUUAUAUACACUUUUCUGCUGUUUCGUCAGUGUCUUUUACUAAUUUGAUGCUUAAAUUAGUUUGGGUUGGUAUUUGUUUGUGCGGAGCUUUCUCUUUUGCUGCAAUGAAACAAUAUGGAAACUUAAAUAAUGCGGAAUACUUUAUUGAAACGGUCUCUAACCUCAGAAAAUUGUUUAAUCUCCUGACUGCCUAUCUUUUGUUCGUUGUUGGCGCUUAUGCUGUUGAAUUUAAUUCAAUAGAUGUUAUUUCGGUAACUUUGACAGCUAUACUACUAAUUUUGCUUGUAACAAAUCUUCUCGUUUAA